AACCGCCUAAGCGUUCUCUGAUUCACGAACAAUCGAUCUCUUCGAUCCGGAAAACAAGUCUUUGUACGAACAAAAAACCUGCUCCAAUGUUGAAUUCCGUCGCCCACACCCUCAAAAGAAAAGCUCUAGGGAAAUUGAAAGCCUUUUUAGCGAGGUUUUGAUUCAAUAAUUUUAUCAUCAUCAAUAAUUUUAUCAUCAUCAUCAUCUUUUCGACGAAGAUGAUCAUUUGGAAAGUUAUGAAGAAGAGAGUUCUAUUUACGAGCCCGAAGAAUUCAUCACUGAUCAUACACGAUGUUCUCCCUUAUUCAGUUGUGGAAGUGUGGAUUGCGUAAUUGUUGAAAUCGGAUGCGCUGAUGAUCGAGAUAGAUUCUUAGAAAGGCUUACGACACCAACGGACCCACGGGAUCAAAAAUCUUGGAGAUUUCCCAUAGAACCUUUAAGAACUUUCAUUAUCCUUAAUUCCGUGAAAUGCGUAACCUCAGUCGUGCAUCACAUUGAUUUUUAUGAAGUUGAUAAGAGGGGUUUGACUCCACUGUGUUUGGCAACUUUGGCUUCUUGUCCUGAAUUGGUUAAAUUAUUCCUUGAAAAAGGAGCUCCAACAGAUGUUAGGCUCACGAAUAGUGUAUCAGCACAUGAUCAGAUGCUUCCUCUUAAUUAUUCACUCCAUUUGUUAAGCAAAUACAUGAUUUAUUUUAACGUUCUGACUCCAGAACAAUCAGUUUACAAGAUGCUUAUCACUCUCUGCCUUCCACAGCUGAGAUCAAAGUUGGAAUGUGUGAGAUUGCUCGCUGAGAAAACCGAGGAACUUGGUGAAGAAAUUUAUUACUAUGCAAAGCAUGGAAGGCUUGUUGAGCUGGCUGUCUUACUUUUGGUGGCCCGAGAUAAGGUUACUUCUGCAUCAUUGGUUAAGAAUUCCUCUUCAUUGAAUGAAAAGGAUUGUAGAAAUCUUGAUCAUUGCAUGUCUCUCCGGGAGUUCAUCAUUUUCGAGCUAGGACAACUGAGUGCUCUUGAAGUGAAACUGGAAUUUCAUUGUGAAAAUGGUAAGUUAUUGAGUUGCUGCAAGGAAAAACAGAAUCUGAUGACAUCUGCGCUGCUAUUGCUUGAAAUUUUUGAAAGGGCUGGCAAAACCAUCGAGAGCUAUUUAAAAAACCAGAUCUAGCUUGUCUAUUGAACGAACCAUGUGUUAUGGUUGAGUUGGUUCCUUGACAAAAUCUUCAGUUUGGAAGAUCACCAUCUACAAAGCGUAUUCUGUAUAUGUCUCCACGUGUAUGGCUUUAGACUUUGGAUUUC